UACUGUUUUGGCCCCGUUGCCACGACACGAUUGAUUUUUUACUAAAACUAUAAAACAGGGACUCCUCAUUAUCGCACCAUUUUAACCAUCAUGGAACGCUGGGAGGGUAAAGUCGCCGUAGUGACGGGUGCUAGUGUGGGAAUUGGCGCCGCCACUGCUAAACUUUUAGUGCAAAAAGGAAUGAAGGUUGUGGGUUUAGCCCGUCGGGUUGAGUUGAUCGAGGAUAUGAUUGGCACCUUGACGGACGCCCCUGGGGAGCUUUUCGCGCUGAAAUGCGACAUGUCGAAGGAAGAAGAGAUCCUGGAAGCGUUCAACUGGGUGAAGGAAAACGUAGGACCUGUGAGCGUUUUAGUGAAUAAUGCUGGCUUCAUACGACCGACGACGCUACUAGAUGGUUCCACGGAGGAAUGGCGCUACACGUUCGACGUCAACGUCAUAGCCAUGUGCAUCUGUACCCGAGAAGCUGUCAAAAUCAUGCGCGAGAACGUCAUAGCGGGUCAUAUUAUCCACAUGGGGUCUAUAGUAGGCAGAUACCCCAUCAUGAUGCCUAUUCCAAACCUUAAUGUGUAUCCUGCGUCCAAGUAUGCGGUUACAGCGCUUACGGAAAACUUACGACAAGAACUGAAUUUUCACAAGACGGGCAUUAAAGUUACGCAUAUUUCCCCAGGGGUUGUUAUUUCGGAAUUUCAGGAAGGUUUUUCGAAAGAUGGGACCUUGGAAGCAAUGAGGAGCGGACCGAUUUUGUAUCCUGAAGAUAUUGCUGAUGCUAUUGUGUAUACGCUAUCGACGCCUCCUCACGUUCAGGUGCAUGAUAUGAUGAUUAAACCGGUUGGCGAACCCAUCUAAUAACGACAAAAUUAUG